GAAGAAAUUAGCAUUUGACCCGGAAGUGAAAAUUUCAAUUCUUUCCUGUCCCGGGCCGGCAAGAUGGCGACUGACACGCAGGUGUCAGAAACUCUGAAGAAAUUUGCUGUAAAAGUGACUUCAGCCAGCGUGAAGGAACGGCAAACUGUGUUAAGUGAAUUGAAAACAUGUGUAACUGCUAAAGAUUUUCCAGAAGCUGCAGUACGAGGACUGUGUAAACUGUUUUGUCUGACUCUGCAUCGGUACAGAGAUGCAACUUCUCGGAGGGCACUGCAAUUGGUCAUUGAACAACUUGCAGAGUCCCAUCCAGAGCCCACUGCUAAGAACCUGCUUGCCUCCCUCCAUGCAUCUGGAAUUUGCUGUAAAAAUGGGUUACCAAGUAAGAGCAGUGCCUCUGCUGCCUCUUUGGCAUUUUCCUGGACAUGUCUCUUGGUUCCUUCUGUGUUUGCCACACCUGAAAAACGAGUUGGGGAUAUCUGGAAUAAAAUGGAUACUGCUCUGGAUCUUUAUGUGAAGACCGUCUUGAUGAGCAAGUCAAAACCUCCAAAACAUCUUCUGGAGAGUUGUACCCCACUGCUUCGCCAUGCCACACACCAGGAGUUCAAGGAGAACUUGCUACCGGCCAUGCAGAAGUCCAUGCUACGGAGCCCUGAGAACGUCAUUGAAACCAUCUCUUGUUUGCUUUCAUCUGUCACACUGGAUCUUAGUUUGUAUGCCAUGGACAUUGGGAAGGGACUAGCUGGUCAGUUGAAAUCCAACAAUGCGCAGCUUAUGGACCAGGCAGUAACUGCACUGCACAAUCUGGCUCACCAGUGCAGUGAUCCAUCAGCAGUGGAAGCUGUGAUUAAACAUCUGUUUGCAGUACUUGGUGGUUCUGAGGGAAAGCUGACAGUAGUGGCCCAGAAGAUAAGUGUUCUUUCAGGUAUCAGCAGUUUCAGCCAUCAUUCUGUCUCUGGUGCAUCCAGCCAGGAUCUGAGCAGCCUGGCCACAGACCUCUUCAUGCCUUUCCUCCAGCAAGAAGUUCAUGAAGGCACAUUGGUUCACGCAGUAUCUGCAUUUGCACUCUGGACACAGAAAUUCACUACUGAGGUGCCAAAAAAGUUCCUAGAGUGGCUGAAGAAGGCCUUCACCUUGAAAACAUCAACAUCAGCGGUGCGACACACCUACUUACAGUGCAUGCUCAGCACUUUUCGAGGUGACACACUGCUACAGGCAGAGGAGCUGUUACCGUUGCUGAUUCAGACGGUGGAGAAAGCUGCAUCACAGAACACCCAGGCGCCCCUUGUUACAGAAGGAGUGGCUGCUGCUGUCUUAAUUUGCAGGAUAGUCCUGGCAGAUGCACAGAUCGAUUUGAAGCUGAACAGUUUCUGGCAGAUAGUUCUUGAUGAGAAGAAACAAGUUUUUACUUCUGAAAAAUACUUGUCAUUAGCUUCUGAAGAUGCCUUGUGCACAAUACUGCAGCUUGUUGAGAGAUUGUUGUUGGACCAUCCACAUCGUCUGCCUAGCACCAAGUCAGGGAUGUACCAUCGUGCUCUGGUUACUGUGCUGUUACAUAAGACAUGGCGAGUUCGCAGAGCAGCUCAGCAGACGGUAAAAAAAUUGAUGUCCUCACUUGGUGGUACAACAUUGGCAUAUGGCCUGCUAGCAGAAUUGAGAUUGAUCUUGAACACCCACAAGGUACUUCUACCCGAUGUUUUGGUCACAGAAUCUGGUGAGCCAUCUGAACAGGGAAAAUCCUAUGUGCAUCCUCGUAUUCUGGCGGAAGCACUGUAUGUGAUAACAAACAUACCAGGCCUGGAGAGUGAAAUCACUGAAGCAGAGAAUCUAGCCAAAGAAAUGCUGAUUGUGGCCCACCACCCUUCUGUUGAAGCUGCACAGCCUGAUUUAUGGCCAUCAGUUCUGUCCCAGAUGAAAUUGAGCCCAGCAGAGUUCAUUAAAAAACAUUUGGAUGAAAUUCUACCACAAGUCACUGCCAGAUCAUCUCUGAAUGAGGCUAAAAUGAACACUGUGGCAUCCCUUGCUGCAUUAUCUCCUGCCCAUGUCCUGCCUCAGAUCAUCAGCAACUUAACCACAUCACUGGGGAAUCCGGCCUUGUGUCACGUGACGAGAGAAGAGUAUGCCAUCAUGCAAACACCUGAAAAUGAGCUCUAUGACAAAUCAAUCAUUCGCAGUGCACAACAGGAGUCUGUGAAGAAGGCAAAUAUGAAACGGGAAAAUAAAGCCUAUUCCUUCAAGGAGCAGAUGAUUGAAAUUGAAUUGAAGGAGGAAAUAAAAAAGAAGAAAGGAAUUAAAGAUGAGCUUCAGCUCACUGGCAAACAGAAGGAGCUGGUGCAGGCCCAGUUAGAAAAAGAAUCCACUAUUCGAAAACGGCUAAAGGAGCUAGAUGAUGAUUUGGUGGGAUCUCUUAGCCUUGUGGAAGCCAUUUUGAAGAAGAAUCCCCCAGGACUGUCUCAGCACGUGCCUUCUUUGAUUAAUUCUUUCUUACCAUUGUUGAAGUCUCCACUGGCUGCUCCAAGAAUUAAGGCCCUUUUCCUCUCUUUAGGAAGCUGUGUUAUGCCUCCUGAGCUGAAAAUUUUAGGUAUACUCACUGGCCAUGUGACAUUACGAUUGUUGAAACCAGAGUGUGAACUUGAUGCUGAAUGGUGCCAGGAAGAUUUACCAACAGCCACAGCUCGUCUAAUAAAACUUCUGCAUUUCCACACUGUGCCAAACAAAUUGGCCAAAGGAGAACAUGGCUCCUCUCCACUGUCUGCCCCGGCAUUUGCUUUCUGCUUCCCAUUCUUGAAAGUCGUCCUGACUGAGACAGUCAAUGACAGUGAGGAGAAGGAAGAAAUGCUAAUCGAGGCACUGCAGGUCAUUAGCGAGCAUGCCCAGCUGCGAUCUUGUGUAAAUAACGAGGCUUUACUUAUCGAUGAGAAAGGUCCUGAGCUGCUUCCUCGUUCUGAUAUGCUGUCUCUUUUGACCAGAGUUAUGGGAACGAGUUCUCCAAGAAUACAGGUCCUUGCUUCCAACACCCUUACAGCUCUGUGCACCAGCAGCAGUGGCCAGGAAGGCUGCGCUUAUGCUGAACAGGAGGAGAUUGAUGUAUUACUUCAAGCCUUGCAGUCACCGUGCUCAGCUGUGCGCGAUGCAGCUCUGCGGGGUUUGUCUGAACUGGAGAUGGUUCUGCCAACCCCAGACACCGAUGAGAAGAAUGGCUUAAACCUGCUCUGCAGACUCUGGGUUGAAAAAUUUGAUGUUGAAGAAGAAAGCAGGCAGCAGGCUGAGAAGCUGUGGAAUGCCAUUGCCUUAGAAGUACAUCCUGAUCUUUGUUUCCUGCUGAUUAAAGAUGUCAUUUACCACGAGGAAGCAAUCCGUCAGGCUGCGGCAGAGGCCCUGUCCAGUGCUGUAUCUGUGUAUCCAGAGCAGGCCGCUGAAGUCCUGGCUAAGCUGAUGGCGAUUUACCAGGAAAAGCUUUAUAGACCUCCUCCUGUGUUGGACGCACUGGGUCGAGUUAUUUCAGAAUCUCCUCCUGAUCAGUGGGAAGCAAGGUGUGGAAUUGCAAUAGCUCUUAACAGGCUAGCCCAGUAUCUUGACAGGUCCCAGGUGAAGCCCUUAUUCCAAUUUUUUAUACCAGAUGCACUGAAUGACCGGCACCCAGAAGUCCGAAAGUUCAUGUUGGAGGCUGCCUUGUCUGCCCUUAACACGCACGGUAAGGAUAAUGUUAACACAUUGCUACCUGUGUUUGAGGAGUUUUUGAGAAAUGCUCCCAACGAUGCCAGUUAUGAUGCAGUCCGUCAGAGUGUAGUCAUUCUCAUGGGCUCUCUUGCAAAACACUUGGACAAAGAUGAUCCCAAAGUGAAGCCAAUUGUGGCCAAGCUGAUCACAGCUCUUUCCACACCUUCUCAGCAGGUUCAGGAGUCAGUAGCAAGUUGCCUGCCCCCUCUGGUCCCUGCAGUUAAGGAUGAUGCUAAUGGGAUGGUGCAGAAGUUAUUGGAGCUGCUAUUGGAAUCUGACAAGUACGCUGAACGGAAAGGUGCUGCCUAUGGUUUAGCAGGUCUUGUCAAAGGUCUGGGCAUCCUUUCACUUAAGCAGAAAGAAAUUAUGAGUACACUAAUGGAUGCCAUCCAGGACAAGAAGAACUUUCGCAGAAGAGAAGGGUCCCUGUUUGCUUUUGAAAUGCUGUGUAACAUGCUUGGAAAGUUGUUUGAGCCCUAUGUGGUCCAUGUCCUGCCUCAUUUGCUCCUGUGCUUUGGAGAUGGGAAUCAGUAUGUCCGUGAGGCUGCAGAUGACUGUGCGAAGGCUGUGAUGCGUAACCUAAGUGCUCAUGGUGUGAAGCUCGUUCUGCCAUCUUUGCUUGUUGCGCUGGAGGAAGAGUCAUGGAGAACAAAAGCUGGUUCUGUAGAGCUGCUGGGCGCCAUGGCAUAUUGUGCCCCAAAACAACUGUCCUCUUGUUUGCCAAAUAUUGUUCCAAAGCUCACAGAGGUGCUUACGGACUCGCAUGUCAAGGUACAGAAAGCAGGGCAGCAAGCUUUAAGACAAAUUGGAUCUGUCAUCAGGAACCCUGAGAUUUUGGCCAUCACACCAAUCCUGCUUGAUGCCCUCACCGAUCCAUCUAGGAAGACGCAGAAAUGUCUGCAGACUCUGUUGGAGACCAAGUUUGUCCACUUCAUUGAUGCUCCAUCUUUGGCAUUAAUUAUGCCAAUUGUUCAGCGGGCCUUCUUGGAUCGCUCUACUGACACCAGGAAAAUGGCUGCCCAGAUUAUUGGGAACAUGUACUCGCUUACCGACCAAAAGGACCUCUCUCCUUAUCUGCCUAGUGUCAUACCUGGACUGAAAGCAUCUCUUUUAGAUCCUGUACCUGAAGUGCGUACAGUAUCUGCUAAAGCUCUAGGUGCCAUGGUAAAAGGAAUGGGUGAGUCGUGCUUUGAAGAUCUUCUGCCAUGGCUUAUGGAUACCUUGGCAUCAGAGCAGAGCUCUGUAGACCGGUCUGGUGCUGCCCAAGGGCUGGCAGAGGUUAUGGCAGGGCUUGGGGAGGAGAAACUAGAGAAGCUCAUGCCUGAUAUUGUGCACACAGCAAGUAAGGUGGACAUUGCUCCUCAUGUACGUGAUGGCUACAUAAUGAUGUUCAUUUACCUGCCAAUGACAUUCGGAGAUCAGUUCACUUCCUAUGUUGGACCAAUAAUACCCUGCAUUCUUAAGGCUUUGGCUGAUGAGAAUGAAUUUGUGCGGGACACUGCUCUCCGAGCUGGGCAGAGAGUUAUCAGCAUGUAUGCUGAAACUGCAAUCGCUUUGCUGCUACCUGAACUUGAACAAGGGCUGUUUGAUGACCUUUGGAGAAUCAGGUUUAGUUCUGUGCAGCUUCUUGGAGAUUUGCUGUUCUACAUAUCUGGAGUUUCUGGAAAAAUGACAACUGAAACUGCUUCAGAAGAUGAUAAUUUUGGCACAGCUCAGUCAAACAAAGCCAUCAUCAACGCUUUGGGUCAUGAGAGAAGAAACCGAGUUUUGGCUGGGCUGUAUAUGGGCCGCUCUGAUACUCAGCUGGUUAUUCGUCAGGCUUCGUUACAUGUUUGGAAGAUUGUGGUUUCUAACACACCCCGUACCCUAAGAGAAAUAUUGCCAACACUUUUUGGACUUCUACUAGGAUUCUUGGCCAGUACCUGCGUGGACAAACGAACAAUAGCAGCUCGGACUCUUGGAGACCUUGUGAGGAAGCUUGGAGAAAAGAUUCUGCCUGAGAUCAUUCCAAUCCUGGAAGAAGGCCUGAGGUCGGACAAGAGUGACAAGAGGCAAGGUGUUUGUAUUGGCCUUAGUGAAAUCAUGAAGUCCACCAGCAAGGAUGCAGUCAUGGUUUUCUCUGAGUCUCUGGUUCCCACUGUGAGAAAAGCUCUUUGCGACCCUCUUGAGGAAGUGCGAGAGGCUGCAGCUAAGACAUUUGAGCAGCUUCACUCUACAAUUGGCUAUCAGGCCCUAGAAGAUAUCCUACCAUCUCUUCUUGAACAACUGGACAAUGAAGAAACAUGUAACUAUGCUCUGGAUGGACUUCGACAGGUGAUGGCAGUAAAGAACCGUGUGGUGUUGCCUUACCUGGUGCCAAAGCUGACAAGCCCACCUGUGAAUACACGUGUUUUAGCGUUCCUGUCAUCUGUGGCAGGUGAUGCACUGACAAGACAUCUGAACGUGAUACUUCCUGCCCUGAUGGCAGCACUCAAGGACAAGCUGGGAACCAGCGAGGAGCAGCAGGAGUUGGCAAACUGCCAAGUUGUUGUUCUCUCUGUAGAGGAUGAAGCUGGCCAGAGGAUCAUCCUGGAAGAUCUCCUAGAAGCAAGUCGAAGCCCUACAGUUGGGAUUCGUCAGGCUGCCUGCAUCAUCCUUAACUUGUACUGCUCCAAAACGAAGGCUGAUUAUACACCAUAUGUUAAAACACUGGUGUCUGGCCUCAUUUCGCUCUUUAAUGACACAGACCAGGUGGUUUUAAAUGAGAGCUGGGAUGCACUGAAUGCCAUCACUAAGAAACUGGAUGCUGGCAGCCAGUUGGCCCUCAUUGAUGACCUGUAUCGGGAUAUUCGAAUGGUUGGCAACGAAGCAAAAGGAGGUCAUGUGCCAGGCUUCUGUCUUCCAAAGAAGGGUGUUACUUCACUCCUGCCUGUGCUGCGUGAGGGAGUACUGACUGGAAAUCCAGAGCAGAAAGAGGAAGCUGCUAAAGCUUUGGGUAUGGUCAUUAAACUGACUUCAGCUGAGGCUCUGAAACCAUCUGUAGUGAGCAUCACUGGUCCAUUGAUUCGAAUCCUUGGUGACCGGUUCAGCUGGAAUGUCAAGGUAGCACUCCUAGAAACGCUGAGUCUUCUACUGGGCAAGGUAGGCAUUGCCCUUAAGCCAUUUCUGCCACAGCUGCAGACGACUUUCACCAAAGCUUUGUUGGAUUCCAACAGAACAGUUCGUCUGAGGGCUGCUGAGGCCCUUGGCAAACUGAUUGCCAUUCACACCAAGGUGGACCCAUUGUUUACAGACUUGUUAAAUGGAAUUCGCACUAGUGAAGAUUCUGGAGUGCGAGAGACCAUGCUGCAGGCCUUGAGGUUUGUCAUUCAGGGAGCUGGUGCCAAAGUGGAUGCAGCUAUCCGAAAGAACAUCACCUGUGCUUUGCUUGGAAUGUUGGGACACGAGGAGGAUAUGACUCGCAUGGCAGCUGCUGGUUGUCUGGGGGAGCUUUGUCCCUUGUUGCCAGAAGAGGAACUUGAAGCAAUCCUGCAGCAGAACCUUCUAGCUGACGCUUCUGGUACUGACUGGAUGGUAAGACAUGGACGCAGCGUGGCACUGUCCAUCGCUGUAAAAGCAGGUGCAACCAAACUCUGUGCAUCAGAGCUGAGUAGUUCCAUCUUGGAUGUUAUUCUUAACAAUGCAACAGCAGAUCGGAUCCCAAUCGCAGUUAGUGGAAUUCGAGGGAUGGGGUUUUGGAUGCGCUACCAAAUGGAAGUAGAGGAUGCAGAAAUACAUCCCAAACUUAGCUCUCUGUUUACCAAGUCUCUUCAACAUCAGUCCAGUGAUAUCCGGCUGAUAGCUGUGAAGAUGAUCUGGUGGGCAAACAGAGAGCCAGUCCGUGCAUCUCCGCCUCAGGUGAUCAAACCACUCCUAAAAGUCCUACUGGACAACACCAAGGACAAAAACACCAGUGUCCGUGCUUACAGUGAACAGGCCAUUGUUAAUCUUCUGCAGAUGAGGAGUGGAGAGGAACUCUUCCAGAAUGUUUCCAAGAUUCUGGAUGUAGCUAGCCUAGACCUGUUAAAUGAUGUGUACCGACGCUCACUGAAGAAACUGGCAGGCCAGCAGGACUCUAAUGACCAGAUUGAUGAUACCAUCCUUACAUGAUGACCUGCGUGGUGUUGUGUCACUGACCUGCAUCAGCAACCACAACAGUGUUUUCAUUUUUGAAAAUGUGUGAAUAUUGGCUGCAGGAAAUCAGAAAUGCUUGGAAUCCCUAUCAAGCAACCCAGAUAUAUUUAGAGAUUUAUUUUUUACAAAUGAUGCAAGAACUUGGAAAAAAAAUCCCAGGCCUUCAAUCAGUUUUUGAAAAAGACAUUUUCAAAUAUAACUUUCUGUUGGAUUCUGAACUGACUUUUCUCCUAACUGCACAGUUGUGAUGUCACCACUCUGCAUCUUUAGCAGGUAGUGGGCAAAGUAAUUGAAAAAUCAUUUUUGUUUUUCUUUAUGACGGUUUGGCUACAAAAAAAAAACAGUUCCAAGUAAUGUAAAUUUAAUUCCUUUUGUUCAAUGGCUCAUAAUGUGCUGCUUGUGACAAUGAGAAGUUGAAUCUGUUGUAAAAUCGGAUUGCAUUUGAAUAGCCAGCGAGUUAAAUUUUGAUUUUACAAUGUACUGGCUGUUCCAGGAAGGAAUGUUUAAUAAAAGUUCUAAGUUAAUUGUGA